UCUUUCACUAUGUAUGCCUGUUGUGUCCUCCAGCUCGACACAGGGCUGCUGUCCCGCUGGCUCCCUGAGGUCACCAGGAUGGCACACAAGUUCACCCACAUCUCCACUCUGCUGCAGUAUGUGUGAGACUUGGGAGGAUAUCCUCAUGCAGAUGGACCUUUGGCUCACUAAGUUCGUUCAGGAGAAGAACACCAGGACACAAGUCCAGGAUGAGUUUCUAGAGCUUCUACUAUGGGGACGAUCAAGCCCAGAACCACAGUUCUCUCCUCAUGAAUCAGCUGACCGUCAAGAGUGA